AGUCCCGGCCGUCCUCGUGCCGGGAAGAAAUGUAUCGCCAGAUGUUUUUCACGUGCCAAGUGCAGUACCUCAACGACGUCGAUCCGUUCAGUUAUCCAACCCUCUAUCCGGAUAUUAACCCUCCCGAUCACACGUUCAGCACGACCUUGCCGUUGAUCAACCAGCUUGCCGCUGUGCAUCGGCUUCUUCGGGCACCUCACAGGCUCGAUGACACGGCGCUCCAGCUGUACAAGGGUGGCGAUUAUGGCGCUUACCUGGACCUCGAGGCUUCCAUCAACGAGCAGCAGGAAGAGUUUGAGGGCUUUCAUGAAGGUGAAAGCCGGAAGAACGCGAUUAUUCUCAGGACCCAGCUGUCCGUGAGGGUUCACACCAUCAUAGAAAAAUUGCUGAACAGCGAGGGCCGCGAGCUGCGACGGGCUCUCUUCUCCCUCAAGCAGAUUUUUCAGGAGGACAAGGAUCUGGUGCACGAGUUUGUGCAAAAUGACGGACUUGCCUGCUUGAUCAAAGUCAGCAGCGAAGCCGAUCAGAAUUACCAAAAUUACAUUUUACGUGCACUCGGCCAGGUGAUGCUGUACGUCGACGGUAUGAACGGGGUGAUGGAACAUGGUCAGACGGUGGAAUGGUUGUAUACGUUAAUUGCUAGUCGUUUUCGGCUGGUGGUGAAGACGGCGUUGAAACUACUGCUCGUGUUUGUGGAAUAUGUGGAAACAAACAGUCUGCUGUUGGUCAGAGCUGUGAGGGCGGUCGAUCAGGCCAGGGGCGUGGUACCGUGGAUUAACGUGAUGAAACUCCUGAAGGAUUAUGAUGCCGCUGACACGGAGUUGCUUAUAUACGCAACGACUUUGAUCAACAAGUGUUUGAACGGUAUUCCCGAUCAAGACACAUACUACGAUCAAGUAGACUGCCUCGAGGAACAGGGUAUGGAAGGCGUUGUCCAGAGGUACAUGUCGAAACAGGGCACAGAUCUCGACCUGCUUAGACAGUUUCAAAUCUACGAAGCAGUGCUGCAUCAUGAAGAUGGCGACAGAGGUUCACCUAUACGCCAAUUGGAUGACAAUAUAAGGAAAACUUUGCGAAACCGGAAGUCUCUAGUGGAUUCUCACGAACGGCGAAAGUCUCGAAGACAUUCGACGGGUAACUCACCCCUAUCGAUGUCUCUGAAUGCACGGCUGAGUCCACGGCUAAAUCAUUCUCUAGGUGUGAGCAAGCUGAACAAUACCUUAAACUCGAAUCUGCCAGAUGAUGACGACGAAUCAAGUAGUUCUCAAGGUUCGCAGAGUCAUUUGGGUGAAGUUCAACUCAACGGCAGUUACAAAGAGAAUAAAGUAGAUGUUGGUGUUACACCUGCGCUGAGACGACGAAGGGAACGCGCGGAAAGACAGAGGAGCUUUAUUAGGGAGCAACAAGAGGCUACUGCAAACUUAAGAGCUUCGCUUGGUCACACCGAUGAUCAGGAAAGUCAAUUCGCAACAAACAGUUUGCGAUAUACGAACGGUACCUCUUAUGAGAGGAACGCUGAUUCUCCUUCGAACAAGUUGUCCAGAACGAACAGCAGAAAAGACUUGACGCCCUUGAUGAAUGCCGCGAACAAACUCGACUCGGAGGAAAAGAAGCCAUGGUACGGUAAAAGUCCCAACGAAGGUGUCGAGUACAACGAGAGUAAUCACACCGACGAAGACGAGAAUCGUCGAGUGGUUCUACAGCUUAAGAGGGAGGGAACCGUCAAGGAUCUCACUCAGAAGUUGGCAGCACAGAAUCUUAUACCUAGCAGCCCUGUGGAUGAGAAAGUUUCCAGGAUAGGAGAUAUGAGCGGAUUGAUCUCAAAGGCAAAGGAGGGUCUAGCAAAGUCGAAGUCAAAGGCGGACGUACUGAAGUCGCCAACCGGCGAUAAUUUGCCCAAGCUGCAAGAAACGAAGAAAUCUGAGAACGAACUGCAUUGGGAGGAGUUGGUAAAGAAAUUGAAGAGACCACUGGCGCUUUGCGACUUGGACUUCACCGAUCUGAAUUCCGAGGACGAGAUCGACGUGUUGGGAUCUGCUAACGUGACGAAUGGAGUGCCUCCUCCGCCACCACCGAUGGCACCACCAAAUGGAGACGCUUCGGCACCUCCGCCACCACCAUUGGGAGCGAGAUUGCCGCCGCCGCUUCCUCAGGGUCCGCCGCUGCCAUUCGGUGUCAGUUUGAAGAUGAUGAGACCGCUGCCAUUAGCUAAUGAGACUAGCAACACGCCGAAGAGUCCGCCAUCGUUGCUCGCGAAGAAGAGCAAGAAGACAGUGAAGCUGUUUUGGAAGGAAGUACGAGACGAUCCCAACAUUCUUGCACGACUCGACAAACACAAGAUGAUCUGGGACGAACUGACGCCCGUGGCUGUUGACACACAGAAGCUCGAGCAUCUUUUCGAGAGUCGCGCUAAGGAUCUCAUCACCAAGAAGCAGCAGGAGAUGAACAAGAACAAGGAGAUUAUCGUACUAAAUCAUAAAAGAUCGAAUGCUAUCAACAUCGGUAUGACGAAACUGCCGCCGCCGAGAUCCAUCAAAACUGCGAUUUUAAAAAUGGAUGCUACCAUUAUGAAUAGAGAGGGUAUCGAGAAACUUCUGACGAUGCUACCGACUAAAGAAGAAAAGUCCAGGAUACAAGAGGCACAGGCCGCCAAUCCUGACCUUCCUUUAGGAUCGGCCGAACAGUUCCUUCUGACUUUGACCUCCAUCUCGGAAUUGCCAGCAAGGCUGAAGUUGUGGGCGUUCAAAUUAGACUUCGAAAACUCCGAAAAAGAAAUCGCGGAUCCUUUGAUGGAUUUGAAACAGGGUAUGGAGACCUUGCGAGUGAAUAAAACGUUCCGUGGGAUUCUAAGCACGCUCCUUUCGAUCGGGAUAUUCCUCAACGGAAAUGAGGUGAAGGGCUUUCAACUAGAAUACCUCGUCAAAGUACCUGAAGUGAAGGAUACGGUUCACAAGCACUCGCUGCUUCAUCAUCUUUGCCACAUGGUGAUGGAGAAGUUUCCGGAUUCUACGGACCUCUAUUCAGAGAUUGGUGCGGUAACGAGAGCCUCGAAAAUCGAUUUCGACGAGCUGGCGGCGAACAUCGCGAAACUCGAGAGCGAGUGCAAAGCGUCUUGGGACCAUCUCAAGCUCAUUGCGAAGCACGAUGGUUCUACGAUGAUGAAGGUCAAGAUGUCUGAUUUCCUCGCCGAUUGUGCCGAAAGGAUAAUCGUCUUAGACAUCGUGCACAGACGUAUUAUAAAUCGUUUCCGCAAAUUCAUUCUGUGGCUCGGUAUACCAUUGCAUAGGAUACAAGACACAAAACCAAACGAGUUUUGCAGAAUUGUGUCUGAAUUUGCUCUGGAGUACAGGACCACUAGGGAACGAGUGAUACAGCAGCUUGAGAAGAAAGCCAAUCAUAGAGAACGCAAUAAGACUAGAGGGAAGAUGAUAACGGAGGUCGGCAAGUUUCGUACAAAGGAGGAUCGAGCGGACGCGGAACUCAGACAACUACUUGGCAGUGACAUUUCAGACGUCGAGAGUAUCCACGGCACUUUACCAUGGAGAAGACAGAAGAAAGACGGACGUAUAAUUCCACUGGGCCCGGUGCUCAGGGACGAAAGCACUAACGGUAACUUGGCUGAUGGCGUUGACGAACUAUUGGAAUCCCUGGUAAAAACUGCCACAAAAACGCCCGCCACCAGAACCACACCACGCGAACGCAAGAGGACUAGACACGCCGAUCUGAAGCGAUCACGCACUCGAGAGAACAACACCACGCCGGAGGGGUAUCAACCCUGAUGGGCCAGGGUUUUCGUGAUUUCUGCGAUUAAGUGCGUAGAACGCUAAAGAACGGUCUCUCGGAAGAGGAGAAAAAGCACAUCGCCGCCUACAUCAAGGGCUACUGACUGUGAUAAUACUCGAAGACCACAACAUGCUCUCAUGAAACGAUACAAAGAAAGAGUGGGGCGUUAAUAUUGCAAAGGGGCGAAACAAUGGAAGCUCGGUGAAAACAUUGCAAUCUUCGUCGUAGAUCUUCGACUAUAGGAUCCUGUCCUCCCUUAUCACUAGGACACUCCGAGAUCGGGCGACGUCGACGAUCGCCUCUGUGACGUGUCGCUAACGUUUACCGAGUUCGAUAUUCGCGUAGAGCCCCAUGUGCACCCCGCGUGUGCACCUGUCGUUCGACGUGCUGAGGCAGGAUAAUAAGCAUGUGCAAAAAAGCAGAUAAGAUAAAAUACUAUAAUUUUGACGCGAUUUAAACAAGUGUUAAUCGGUGAUUUAGGCUUAAGCGAAUGAUCAAGUGAACAGAUGUUUUUUUCAAUUCAUCGUUCGCGUACGAGAAAGAAUAUCUCGCAUGCAUAUUAGGAAUUAUUAUAUAUAGGAAUUUCCUUAUAGAGAUUUUUUUUUGUUACGUAGACUCUUGUGUAAACAUUUCUUUGUUUAACAAAAUUUUCCUUAUUCCAAGUAGAAAUUUCUGACAUUUUCGAGACGCCGCGAUCACGUAGGACUUUAUUUACGUUUUCUUUUGUCUCUUUGAAAUUUAUUAUGCGCGUUGGUUACGUAUGUUAUAUACAUUUUACGUAUCGUACUCGAUACUUCUUGGAAGAUUUACUUGAAUCACGGGCGACAGGGUCGACUUGACAAUUAUAUGUGACAACAUGUGCCUUGACGAAUUUUUAUAAUCGAUCGAUUUUUAAGACCGACCACUCCGAGAAAUCGAUGCUUUUGCACGCGUCGAUCCAUUUAUACAACGAAGAAACAGGCAUUUUGCAUACGAAGUAACUAUAUUCUAGAACGAUUCCUGUCGAAUAGCAAACAUACCGAUAUAUACCGGACGACAUAAAACUGCUUAGCAACUUAAUUAUUUUAAUCAUCAUCUUAUUGUUGCGUUUCGCAUAAUUGCAAUCAUUGUAACUUUCUGUGGAAAUGAUUCAUUAAAUAAAAGAAGAAGCAAUUAUAAAAAUA